AUGGAAAACAUCGUGAACAUAAAUAGCAACAAAAAAAGAAGCAACAACUUUUCAUCAGCAGAUAUAGAUUUGCUGAUGGAGUUGAUUAUGAAAAACAAACACAUAAUUGAAAACAAAAAAACGGAUCGAGUUCAUUGGACAGAAAAAACAGCGGCAUGGGAGUCCAUUGCAAACGAAUUUAAUUCAAAGAGUGGCUCCCAUUACCGAUCAUCGAUUGUGUUGAAGACAAAAUAUGAAAAUUUAAAAAAAAGAACAAAACAAAAUUUUGCUUCCGAAAAGCGAAAGCUUUACCAAACUGGUGGUGGUCCUCAGGAAAUAAAUACAGAUGUGUUAGACAAGACGAUUCUGGACCUUCUUGGUGACCAGGCCCAAGGACUACCAUCAGUUUAUGACAAUGCUAUCGAAAAUGAAAAACACGAAGAAACUCUGAUUGAGCAGCCCGAAGUGAAAGAAAACCAGAGCCCUGGUUCAGUAAAUUUGACAAACGAUGCCAAAACUAAAAACAUAUAUGCUUCAAGAAAAUCCACAGUUCUUACUGCUCGGAAAAGAAAUUUAACUGGCGACAAGUGGCAGGAGCUAGCUGAAGAAAAAUGCAAGUUAGCGAGACUGCAACAGGAUAAACAAGCUCUAGAAAUUGUGCAAAUGAAGGAAGUGCAUGAGAAAAAAAUGCUUAUUUUGGAUGCUGAAUUGGAAAAAAUUAAAAAAGAAGUUUCGAGGAUGCAUUGA